AUGAGCUUUGCCUCCACUGCAGAGAGAAGAGAGGUGCAGCUCACUCCGGUCCCUGAUGCAGGAGUAGAGGUGAAGGGAGAAGGUGCUGCUGAGCCUUCUUCCACCACUGAAACAAAGGAGGCAGAGGGAGAAUUGAUGUUGGAGAACGCAAGACCUCUGAUCAACACCUCAGACUCCACACCUGAAUGCACAGUGGAUGGACCUCCUUCCUCUAUUGAAGCACAGGAUGAGGAAGAGGAGGAGGAGGAGGAGGAAGAGGGAUCAUCACUGCUGGAGGAUGUGACAGCUCCAAGUGACAGCUCACAGCCCACAGCCCGUUGUGAGGCUGGUGAUUCUGCUGGGGUGCCACGGAGGAGGGGAGUGCCCAAAGGCAAACAUGGCACAGACACCUCACCUGUGGCCUGCAGCCCGCAGGCUGGGAAGGAUAAACAGGACACCAGGAGGGAAGGGAACUGUUCCCCUGCCAAGAAUGAAGACACAAAGGAGAAAAACAAGAGCCCAAGCAAGAAAAUGCCUGAAGUAAGUGAGAAGACCAGUCCGACCAAAGGAGUUGAGGCUGCCAGAAAGCAGGAUGCAGCAGACAGUUGCAAGGACAAAAAAGAACACAAGAACGAGAAACCUGUGGAAAAGAUUAAAGAAAGCUCUGUGAGCCGCAAUGGGGGUGUCACAGUGUAUUUCCAUGCAAUCCUGUCCAAAGACUUCAAACUAAACCCUGAGACCCACAAGGUGUUCAUCAGAGGUCAAGGCAUUCCUUCCUACACAGACUGGAAGGACAAUAUCUGUGAGAUGAACUGCACCCAGGAUCUGGGAGAACACGGAUACCUCAUUGAAGGCACGGUGACCCUCACAAAAGAGAUCCUGGACAAAUACAUUCCUUACAAAUACUGGGUGACCUGUGGGAAGGGCGAGUAUGAGUUCAUUUACAAGCCUUCCAACAACCAUGUGAAUCGCUGCUUGCUGAUAAGAAGGAGCUUUCUCAACAAUGGAGAGUGGCACCAGUAUGAUGACAUCGUGUGUGCAAAGCCUUCUAUGUCCAAAAAGUUUAAGCAAGCGCUAAAAACGUUAAUUGUUGACAAAAAUGAAGACGUGGUGCGAGGGAAGAAAAUAGCUGCCAAUAUUAUGCUAGAAAAUAUCUUCAGCAUUCUUGAAACCUGGAGCCCUGACAACCUGAGGAACUUCCUCUUCCAGCUGAAGCAGUUUCAUUAUGUGACAGUAGCCCAGAGGGUGCAUGAUGGCAGGGAAAUGCCAUGGAGGGAGCUCAACUUUGGCACAGAGCAGGUGAAUGAUUUGCUGAUAAGUUAUAUGAAGAAAAUAGCUCUUCCUUUCCUUGCACCAUCGCAGGAGGGCACAGUCAUCAAAAGCAAACUGGCUCUGGGACUCACCAUUCUCAUGGUAGUUGAAGAAUUUUCACUUACAGCACCUCAGAGUGACCUGGUUGACCUGUGUAGCCUCUUGUGCUUGGAUAAGCAGUCACAAGCAGCCAUACAGGAUGAGAUUCAUCACAUAAAAAAGCUGUUCCUUCACUCUGUGUGUGUUUGUUCUACUAUUUUUUUCAGUUUGAAGGUUAACCUGACCAACUUGUGCCAGAGAUGCAUCGAUGGUGGCAUAGACCAGUGGGUGUGGAUCCUUCCCUUGCUGCAUUCCUGUGCUGCUCCCUUGCAGCAGCAGCACUCCUCAGUGGAGGAAGAUGUCUGGGCAGGGCUGGAAGGGAUUCCAUUUGCUGGAACAAGGAGCAGCAAAGAUGUAGAAGCCCUGCUGCAACUAAUGAGAGAAAAGAAGUACUUGAUGGAAUUUGAUGCCACUCUGGUCAAGUCCUGGCUCUGUGUGCUGCCCCUGGAGGGCCUGGCUGAGUUUAUAAAAGACUUCUCCAGUGAUUUGCUAGUUACUCUUCAAGGUGUCUUGUACAGAUUAGAGAACAUUGACCUUUCGUGGCGUAACCAUGAGGUGGCAGAGAAUCUUCUAAAGACAGUGCUGUGUGCCCUGGAGGAGCCACGGGACAGAGCUCUGGAAGCUCACUCUUGGCAGUGCUGCUUGACCUGCUGCCUCAAGCUGCACAGGAGGCUCUGCAAGUCUGUGAGGACUGGGAGCUGGUUCAUGAUUCCUGCCACUACUGCCAUGCUGAUUUCCAAGGUUGCCAAACUUGAGCACACAGCAAGGGUGUUUGGGAACAGAGGUGCUGUGCGGGAGGACCCAGUGGUGGAAGUGUUCAGUGAUGCUCUGAGGGACACUCGAACCUGGUUCAGGAACACUUUACACCAGAAGUUACUGAAAGAACACCUGGAGCACGUGACCUUCUCAUUGUAUUGGGAACUCAGGGCCUGGGAUAAGUUUGUGAGGAUUAGCUUUCCAGAUGAGAAGUUCACAGAGACGUGGAGGAGGACUUUGCUUGCAGAUCUGGAGAGGAGAAUCCAGGAGGAGCCUCCAGUGAACCAAAUUUUGGUGUACUGCUGUCAGCACCACCUUCUCACAGGGCUGGACUCUUCCAUCAUGUGGUGCUUCCAGAACUGUGCUACAGAGGCUGUGACUGCAGCUUGCCAGACACAGAGCAACCUCCUGGAGAAGAUAUCUGCCUACAACUUGGGCCAGUUCAGCCAGCUCGUGUCAACUAUUAUCGUGACAUCGUGGCCCAUCGGCACUGGGCAGGCUGAGGGGGACUUUGAUGAGAUUCUGCACCAUCUGCUUACGUGGCCUGACAUCAAACAUAUCUUCAGCUUCAGUGGAAAAAACAGAAAUCUCCUAGAAAAACUCACAGAGGAAGCAAAGAGUGUGAUGGCCACAGCAGACUCUGUGCUUAUGAGCAUCACUGAUGACAUUCAGAAUGGCUGCGUCCGUGUGAAACAUCUGGAAGAGGUUUUCCAGCAUGAGAUGCAAUUCAUCUGCAUUUGGGAGACAAAGAAUCAGCAACUGCCACAUGAAGAGAAGAAACAAUUCCAGAGGAGCCUGAAAGAACUGCUGCAGAGGAGGCAAGAGGAGGUCACACUGCUCAGAAAGGAGAAAAAGGCAAUAGGAACCUUCCUGAGCAUGUGCAGGAAGGUGCAGGAGUCUGUGAAAGUGGAUGUAGGUGAAGUGGAACUUCAGCACGGUGAAGAUCUUCGUAAGAAAAGACUAAACAAAGUUGUGAAUGCAGGAGAGAGACCCUUGCAGACCUACUACAGCCUGUGCCCAGACCUGAAAGAAUUUGCCCAUAAAAUGCAUUCCUUUAAGGACAGCCUGAUCUUCCAGCAGCUCUGGGAGAAAGCAGCACAGAAGGCAGGAGAGGAAUAUGAGGAGGAUGAGGACAACACUGUUCCUGAGUUGGACCUUGAUGAAGUUUUCGGCAGUGUAAUCAUCCCUUGUUUUGUGAUCUAUGACAGGCUUUAUGAGGAUCUCAGGUCAGGAAGUCUGACGCUUUCUGCAGUUGAUUCUAUUUUCCAAGAAUUCACAAACCAUCCUGAAGAUCUCAGACUGGAGCUGGACACCAUCUGUGAACUUCAUCCUGUAGAAGACAGAGGCUGGGUUGACCAGCGACUUCAGCAGAUCCAGCAAUACCAUGAAAUGCAUUUAACUUUUGAUGCUGCAAAGAUCAUUGCCAAUGUCAAAGAGAGUUUGGGCCUCUCUGGUGACUUCAGUAUCCUGGAAAACUUGUUGGAUAUAACAGAAAAGCUUGAAUCCUACAAGACCCAAAAGCUGGAUUCCAUCAGCCCUGAGCUUGUGCAUGCCAAGAGGCUGCUGGAGGGGAUCACCGUGACCCGCCGUGGCUGUCUGAGGGAGCUGGCCAAGCAGAAGGAAUUUGUCUCCUGGGUCAGAGAAGCACUGACAGAUAUAAAUGAGCUGAAGGUGUUUGUGGACUUGGCAUCCAUCUCUGCUGGGGAGAACGACAUGGACGUGGACCGUGUGGCCUGUUUCCACGACACUGUGCAUGGCUACUCCUCCCUGCUCUAUGAGCUGAGGCAGGAGUCAGGGUUUGAGGACUUCAUGCGCUGCUUGCAGAAGCUGUGGCGAGCCCUGGACAGCGAUGAGAACCUUCCCAAGAAACUGUGUGCCUCAGCUCAGCACUUGGCGUGGCUGAAGACAGUGAAGGAGAGCCACGGCUCGGUGGAGCUGUCCUCGCUGUCACUGGCAGCUGCCAUCAACAGCAGAGGAGUCUAUGUCCUGAGAGCACCAGCUGAUGGCCAGAAGGUUUCUUUGGACAAUGUCCUGCAUUUCACCCUCCCAGGGAGCUCAGGAGACAACGAGACCCCAUGGAAAUACUCCCUGACCGAGCUCCGUGAGCUGCAGAACAAACUGAUGCUCAUGUCAGCAAAGGGAGAGCAAGGCCUGGAGGUGGAGAGAUUCUCUGAGGUCUUCUCCAAUGUCCAGAGGCUUGCACAGGCCUUUAUAGACCUUUAUUCAGCUGGGAACAUGCUUUUCCGCUCCUGGCUCGCCCAUGUGUAUUGUUCACCCAAAAGAGAAUUCUGUGUUCUUAUAGACUUCUCCUUGGGCCCCAUCCCAGUGCUGGAAGGGCAAGGGGAUAUGGCAGCUGUGCUCCCACGCCUCUGCAAGACGAUGGAGAAUUUCCUGGAGGUCUGGGAAAGCUUCAUGUACAAAAAACGACUGCAGCACUUCUACCUGAACUACUACACUGCAGAGCAGCUGGUGUACCUGUGCACGGAGCUGGGGCAGGGCACACCCAGCCAGGGGGCCCUGAUGAUGCUUUCCUUCCUGAAUCGCAGCUGCACUGAGCAGAAUAUCCUCUCAGCCUUCAGAAGUGAGGUGCCUCCCAGCUCAAGGAAAGCUAUUCCUGACUUUCAAGUGCUGCUGGUUGGUGAGAAGGACCUGAGUGCCCAGCUGGAGUGCAUCUGGGAGAGCUACAUGAGCGACAUGGGCUCCUUCCUCCCCAGUUGCCUGGAUAUCGACACGCUGGGCAGGUGGCUGAAGAGCCUGGCCAGCCAGGGCACGGAGUGUAUCACCAGAGAGUUCCCUCUGGACCUCCUGUGUGUUGGCCAGCCCAACCUCAUCACCUGCCCUCGCGCCGAGGUGCUCACCUCUGCACUGGCUAUUUACAUGAACAGCCCCGAGCAGCCCCUUCCCACCUUUGAUGAGGUUCUCCUGUGCACUCCCCAGACCACAGCCGAACAGGUGGGGCUGUUCCUCAGGAGGUGCCUCAUUCCCUGCAGCGCAGGGGAGAGGAUUUACACCAUGCUGUACGCAGACGAGCUGAGUUACGACGUCAGCUGCAAAGCAGAGAAGCUGUUCCAGCGCCUGCGGCACUGCAGCAGCUCCUAUCGCCUCAUCAUCCUGUGCAACUGUGAGCGGGAGCACAGCUACAUCCCUUCAGCCUUCAGCCAGUACAAAGUACACAUGAUCCCCCAGAGGCCACGAGCAGAAGUCCAGCAGUACCUGCAGCACCAUUACCGUGUGGCUCAGCCGUCCAGCUCAGCCUCUGCCGUGUUCAAGGACAACAUGUGUGUUGGGGUCGUGUCCUCCAAAAGAGCUGGUGUGGGGAAAUCUCUGUAUGUGAAGAGGUUACAUGAGAGGCUGCAAGAAGAGCAUCCUGACUCUACAGAACUUCUGAAAACCAUCAGACUAAUUGAACCAGAAGUGGAUGAGGAUAAAGUGCUAAAAUCUCUCCUGCCUUUUCUGAAGAGAGAGCACCAGACAAAGCCCAUGAUCUUCCAUUUCGAUAUCACCUCCUCAGUGCAACAUGGAAUUCCAGAGUUCCUCUUCAAGCUGUUGGUUUUGCAGUACCUGACUGAUACUAAUGGCAAUAUGUGGCUACGACAGAAGUGCCACCUGUACAUCAUUGAAAUCCUUGAGGUGUCCCCAGUGCCAAAGAAAGCAACAUCAGUGAGCCAGAAGUAUAACUUCUUAGAUGUGUUCCCUAAAGUAACAUGUAAGUCUCCCAAAGAAGUACUAGAGAUGGAGACUCUUGGGAAGCAGCCUGGGCAUGUUUGGGACCCAGGAAUGGACCAGGAGGAAUUUUGCAGCGAGGCUUUCCAGAGACCUUUCCAGUACCUGAAGAGGUUUGACCAGGGGUGUGAUCUGGACAUGUUCUGGUACGAAGCAAACUCGGUGGAAGGGAGCCCUGCAGAGUGCCUGCAGCUCUUCCUCCUGCACUGUGGGGUCAUAGAUCCCUCCUGGGCAGAGCUCCGAAACUUUACCUGGUUCCUCAAUAUCCAGUUGAGAGACUGUGAAGCUUCUGUCUUUUGCAACCCUGAAUUUGUCCAGGACACUUUGAAAGGUUUCAAAAACUUCGUGGUUACCUUCAUGAUUUUAAUGGCGAGGGACUUUGCAACACCUUCCCUGCACAUUUCCGACCAGAGCUCAGGAAGACAAUCCUCCCACCUGGAGGACGUUGCGGAGGAAGAUCUUCUCCCUUUCCGCAUUCGGAAGAAGUGGGAGUCUGAGCCUCACCCCUAUUUGUUCUUCAAUGAAGAUCAUGUGUCCAUGACAUUCAUUGGUUUCCAUUUUCAACUCAAUGGCCUUCGGGGUGUUGAUGCCAUAAACCCUCUGAAUGGUAACAUCAUCAAGCGAAACAUCAUGACCACACAGCUGUACAAGGGCUUGUUGCUGCAGAGAGUUCCCUUCAACACUUCCUUCGACCAGCUGCCUCGGCAUGAGAAGCUCGACAGGCUUUGCAUGGUGUUGGGGAUCCCCUGGGUGACAGACCCUGAUGAGACGUACGAGCUCACCAUGGACAACGUGCUGAAAAUCUUGGCUAUCGAGAUGCGAUUCCGAUGCAACAUCCCAGUUGUCAUCAUGGGAGAAACAGGCUGUGGGAAAACCAGGCUGGUGAAGUUUCUGUGCCAGUUACGCAAGAGCUAUGUAGAGGUAGAGAACAUGAAGCUUGUCAAAGUCCACGGAGGUACCACUGCAGAGAUGAUCUAUGCCAGGAUCAGAGAAGCAGAAGCCCUGGCUAAAUCCAACAAGAAGCAGCACGGAUUGGACACUAUCCUCUUCUUUGAUGAAGCAAACACAACAGAGGCUGUGAGCAGCAUCAAGGAAGUUCUGUGUGACCACACAGUGCAGGGGGAGCCUUUGGCCUGUGACUCUGGCUUGAAGAUCAUAGCAGCCUGCAACCCGUAUCGAAAGCACACCCCAAAGAUGAUCCAACGCCUGGAGUUAGCUGGGCUGGGCUACCGUGUCAAAGCAGAUGCGACCAAGGAGAAGCUUGGGUCCAUCCCCCUGAGACAGCUCGUGUACCGGGUUCAUGCCCUCCCCCCCAGCAUGAUCCCACUGGUGUGGGACUUUGGGCAACUGAACAACUUGACUGAGAAGAUGUACAUCCAGCAGAUCGUGCAGCGGGUGGCGGAGCAGGUCCCCACGGUGCAGCCUGAGGUGGAAACAAUCACAGAAGUGCUCUUUGCCUCCCAGCAGCACAUGAGGCAGGGGGAUGACGAGUGCAGCUUCGUCAGCCUGCGGGAUGUGGAACGCUGCAUGGAAGUCUUCAAGUGGUUUUACAAGCACAGCAACCUGCUGCUCAGGGAGCUGGAAAAGUACCUGACCGAGAAGAAAGCUCCGAAGGGCAGCGUUGAGCGGAACAGUGUUAUCUGGUCCUUGGUGCUGGCGGUUGGGGUCUGCUAUCAUGCGUCCCUGGAGAGGAAGGAGGCGUACAGGAGUGCUAUCAGCCACGUCCUUCCAAAGCCUUAUGACAGCCAGAAAAAGAUUUUGGAAGAGAUCUCCCUGAUGCAGGACCUGUUCCUGAGUGGUGUGCAGCUCCGGGAUACCAUAGCAAGAAACUUGGCCCUGAAAGAAAAUGUCUUUAUGAUGGUCAUCUGCAUUGAGCUGAAAAUCCCUCUUUUUCUCGUGGGGAAGCCUGGGAGUUCCAAGUCCCUUGCAAAAACCAUCGUGGCCGAUGCUAUGCAGGGCCAAGCAGCUUAUUCUGAUUUGUUCAAGGACCUGAAGCAGAUCCAUCUGGUGUCGUUUCAGUGCAGCCCCCUCUCCACCCCAGAGGGCAUCAUAGGCACUUUCAAGCACUGUGCUCGAUUCCAGAAAGGGAAGAACUUGGAGGAGUAUGUCUCAGUGGUGGUUUUGGAUGAGAUUGGGCUGGCAGAAGACUCUCCCAAAAUGCCCUUGAAGACUUUGCAUCCACUUUUGGAAGAUGGCUGCAUAGAUGAUGUCCCCCUUCCUCACAAAAAGGUUGGAUUCAUCGGGAUUUCCAACUGGGCUCUGGACCCUGCUAAGAUGAAUCGAGGCAUCUUUGUCUCCCGUGGGGACCCCAGCAGAGAGGAGCUCAUCGAGAGCGCGAAGGGGAUUUGUUGCUCGGCACGAGGAGCUUUGCAGAAGGUCGAACAGUAUUUCUGUCACUUUGCAGAUGCAUAUGAAAAGAUCUGCGAGGCCCAGGACAGGGAGUUCUUUGGUCUGCGUGACUACUACAGCCUCAUCAAGAUGUUUUUUGCCCUAGCUAAGAGCUCCAGAAGUGACCCAACACCUCAGGACAUCGCCGGGGUGGUUCUUCGGAACUUUGGUGGCAAAGAUGAUGUCAAUGCCUUGGAAAUAUUCACCUCAGCCUUACCAGAAAAAGAAAAGAUUCAUGCUCAUGAUAUCAGCAGAAUCGAGCUGGUCCGACAGAACAUCUACAGCAGUGCUGAGGAUGGGGAUUGCAGGUACCUGCUCGUGUUGACUGAGAACUAUGCAGCGCUGCAGAUCCUCCAGCAAGUUUUCUUUGCUGCUCAACAGCAGCCAGAAAUCAUCUUUGGCUCCAGUUUCCCUAAGGACCAAGAAUAUACCCAGAUAUGCAGGAACAUCAACCGUGUGAAGGUCUGCAUGGAAACUGGCCAAAUGGUUGUGCUCCUCAACUUGCAAAACCUUUAUGAGAGCCUCUACGACGCCCUCAACCAGUACUACGUGUACCUUGCUGGGCAGAAGUAUGUGGAUUUGGGACUGGGCACCCACCGGGUGAAGUGUCGAGUGCACCCCAAGUUCCGGUUGAUAGUCAUCGAGGAGAAGGACGUGGUGUACAAGCACUUUCCCAUUCCACUGAUCAACAGGCUGGAAAAGCACUACCUGGAUAUCAAUACUGUCCUGGACAAAGGGCAGAGGGAAGUGGUGAAAGAGCUGAAGAAGUGGGUGCACGAGUUCACCGCGGUCAAUACGGAGAGGCACUUCAUGAGCAAGCAGCAGUACAGCCCUCAUGACGUGUUCGUGGGCUACCACUCCAACAGCUGUGCCUCGGUGGUGCUGCAGACCACGGAGAGGCUGAGGGCAGUGUGUGCCCCUGGGGAGCUCCUGUCCUGUGUGAAGAGGGAAGCCCAACUGGCUCUGCUGAACUGUGCCACCCCCGACGCUGUCAUCCGCCUCUGCAACUCUGUGGGGAUGUUCAUGGCAGAUUCUCUGGCCAACACAUACUUCAAGCAGCAGCAGCACACGUCCUUUGCAGACUUCCUUCGCGCCCACAUCCACGCAGGGGCUGAGUGUCAAAAGGCCUUUACAGAGGUCACCACCUUCUCACGGCUGCUCACCAGUGCUGACGCUGCCUGCCUGGAGAGGGAGGUGCAGGGGAAAGCCCAAAAGCUCCAAAUCCUGUUCCUGCAGCAGUUUGACACGGAGUACUCCUUCCUGAAGGGCAUCCGGGAUUUUCUGGAUGCCACCUCAGGAAAUAAAAUCCUCAUUAUUCAGACAGACUUUGAAGAUGGCUCUCAGGAUGCUCAGCUCAUCGCCUCGGCCAAAUACACAGUUGUGAAUGAAAUCAACAAGAGAGACGUCUCUGUCUUUGUUUACUUUAUCAUGAAGCUUUCCCGGCUGGAAGGAGGAACGUCCUACGUGGGAUUCCAUGGAGGCCUGUGGCAGUCAGUGCACAUCGAUGACCUCCGCAGAUCUAAGGACAUGAUCUCUGACAUGACAGCCCUGCAGAACCUCACCAUCAGCCAGAUGUUCUCUGAGGAUCCAGGGAGAAGCACAGCUCUGCCUGCGAAUGGAGAAGCACAGGAGGAUAAGGUGCAGAUUGGAACACCAAUGCCAGAAGCAGAACGCUAUGAGGGUGAGAUCCUGGACACCACUGUGCUCCUCAGGACCUGUGUGCAGACUGCUGUGGGGAUGCUGCGUGACCAGAACGAGGAUCUGAGUCGAAGCAGAAAGAGAAUUAAGAUUCUCCUUGGCCUUCUCUCCAAAGAGGAUGAUUUCAAAGCCUAUUUCCUGAGGAUAACCAAGGCUCGUGUCUGCAGCCUUUUGAAGAAGCAAGAAGAGAAUUCCUUUCACCUAAAGAACUGGGUGCUCUGGGAGGCUUCCAACCUUAGUGCUCUCCAGGAGGCAGGAACCUUCAGGCACACCCUGUGGAAACGAGUCCAGAAGGUGAUCACUCCAUUCUUGGCUCUCCUGAUUGCUGUCAUAGACAGGAAUGGCAAUCUGGAGCUGUUGGCCAAGCCAGCAGCAGAGUGGGUGACAAAACUGUGGAUGUUCAUCUUCAGUGAUACCAAAUUCCUGACUGUCCCUGCCGGUGUAGGUAACAGCAGCCCUCAGCCAGAGAUAAUUCUGGUGCAGAACAGCAUGAUGGUGUCUGCUGAUGCUGGGAACAAGAUGCCCUUCAGCUGGAGGAUAAAGGAGUACUUGGAUGAGAUGUGGUUGGAAGCUCAAUACAUCCAAAACACUGCAGACCACGCUGAGAAGUUUGUGGAUAUCUUCCAGAAAACUGCUCUGGGAAAAUUUAUCUCUUCUCUGACUGAGGAGGAAAGACAGAUGCUCUUCCAGUGCUACAUCAUAGACUUUAUUGUCUUGACCAUCGGUGUGUCCUCCCAGGAGGAGCUGCAGUGUCUGCGCAUUGCCUUGGUGUCCUGCAUAGCUGAGUGGGCAGCAGUGUCCCCCCACAGAGAGGAGCUGGUGUCUGCCCUGCCCUGGGUCCACCUUGCUUACAACCAGUUCAGGAGCCGCCUGCAGAACUUCUCCAGGAUCCUGGCUGUGUACCCCCGUGUGCUUCCCUACCUCAUCCAGCAGGAAGGAUGUGGAACUCCACAUUCAGAGAUGGUUUUGGAUGUGUUGGCUGCCAUGGGCUGUGCUGAAGAGCUGGAGAACCAGGUGCAGACAGUCCAGCCAGAGGUGUGGCUGCAGAGAGUGAAGAAUCUUCACAUGCCCAUUGAAUUUCUUUGUAAAGAGAAGGAUGCCCAGCGAGAUGGGAGUCUGUGCCAUCAGCUGCUGAGGGAGCUCAGAGCCUGCUGGAACCGUGUGCUCGCCAUGGCUCUCUUUGUGGAACACGUGGCAUUAGGCAUCAGCACUGUCAUGCCAGAAUUCGAGGAUUUAGUGACAAAAUACACUUUGCUUCUUGCCAAGUGUUUUCAACAUGAUUCAGACAUGAAGACUCAUCCAACUUUUGUUGCAGUGAUGAAAGUGCUGUGCCAGUGUAAGGACGAAGUCAGCAACAAGGUCUACAGGCUCGGUCUGAAGCCGUGUUCCAUCUGCCUAGGAGAGCCAAAGGAUCCUGUCUGUUUGCCUUGCAGCCAUGCAUUCUGCCAGAAGUGCAUCAGCACAUGGCUGGUGCCAGCACAGAUGCACUGUCCAUACUGCAGAGUUGACAUGGGGGAUGUGGAAUUAACCGUCUCCGUGGAGCUCAGAGAUGCUAUAGCAAGGAACGCACUGUUCCGGCAGAGGUGCAACAACUUCUUCAUAGAUGUGGUCUCUACCAUGUGCUUCAAGGACAACAAACCCCCUGACACACAGGUGAUCCAGGAGCUCCUGAACCUGCUCUUCAUUCACAGAAUCCCCCUGAAAGCUUCAGAUCACCCUGCCAUCUACACCAAGUUCCUGUCCCCAUUCAAUGAUGAAGUGGAUGAAACCCCCAUCAUCCGCUCAGUGAUGCUGAAGCUGCUCUUGAAGUACAGCUUCAAUGAAGUGAAAGAUGAUGUGCAGCACUACCUGUCCCGGGUGGAGCACAACGAGCUCCUAGAGAACAAUGACAAAAAAGAGCUUUACUUGCUUUUUGUCAACUGCUUAGAGGAUUCCAUGUGUGAAAAAUCUGAGGACAGCCUUGGAUAUGAGCACAUGAACAGUCUGUUUGGGGGCAGAGGCUUUCCGGAGAACUAUCUCCCAGAGAGCAGUAAGGAGAGUCUCCAGGAAUCAUCCGUGGAAUACCUGCAGGCCGUGGCCAAGGUUCGCCUGUACCUGAGCAAGGCUGCAGAGCUCAUCUCCGACCUGCAGCAGCACACAGAGCAAGAGCAGAUGGAGGAGAAGCAGCGUUACCUGCUGAAUGUGAGGAGGUUCUGCAGCCUGGCCAGGAACAACUGGCACCACGUGUACCUGGUCCGGAGAAUCACCAGUCAGUGUGGGAUGGAGUUUGCUCAGAAGCUUGUCACAGAGGAACAGUUCAGCUGGGUGUUCCCAGAGGAAAUCCUGUGGCAGGUAAAGAGGAGCCAGUCCCACCACAUCGACCGGUUCCUGGUGUGUGGGGAGAGCUACCGAGCCCUGCGUAAUGCUGUGGGACUGGCCAUGAUGGAGGGCAAGGCUGAGGGGCUCCUGGAGGCUGAGAAGGCCUUCAGCGGCUCCGUGGCCAUGGGAUCUGUCCAUCUGCUCCUGGCCAUUUUCCGAGAGGUCACUGCCCUUUAUGGCUUCACUGACCCAAGUCUCCAUCCCAAGCAGCAGGUAAGGCACUCCCCUCUGAAAGCUUGUGACAAACCUGCUUUGUGGGUAAGGAUGAGUGAGAUCUGAAUCAGUGAUAGAGGAGCUUUUUUCCUCUGCCCCAGAUACAGUGACAUCCCGAGCUGAGCAACCUGGGACUGAUUUCAAAGCAGAGCACUCCAGCAUGGGAGGCAGCUGACAGUCCUCCUCCCUUUGCUGGGCAGCAUCAUGCUGCUUUUCCUUUCAAAUCUGUGCUUGCAGCAAACAGACACCAUGACUCAGUUCAUCCAGAACUCCCAGCUCCUGAAUUCUGACGAGCUGCGGCACUUUGCAUCUGCCCUGGUGAGGAAUACCCUGCCAGCCUUGCCAGUGGAGCCACAGAGCUUCAGCCAGCACGGGGCCCUGGUUGAGAUGGUUGUCCACGUCGCUGCUGUGCUGCUGUGUGGGCACAGCCCCCUGCUGCAGCCCCUCAGGAGCUUAGCCUUCCAGCCAGACACCAUGCAGCUCUCAUUUCUGCCAACGAUGCCAGAGGACAUCAUGGCUCAGGCCAGGGCCUGGGAGGGACUGGCUGCUCUGCGCUGGUACGCAUGUCCCAACGGCCACCCCUGCACUGUGGGAGAGUGUGGGCUCCCCAUGGAAAUCAGCCGCUGCCCCGACUGCAACGCCCACAUCGGAGGGCGCAGGCACAGACCAGUGCAAGGCUUCCAGGAAGUUCAGAGUGUUGAAGACAGAACUCAAACUGGCCACAUUCUUGGAGAUGUUCAGCACAGAAGAACACUGGGAGUGUCUGACAGGGCCAUGUCACCCGUUGUCUUCAUCCUGCUCCGCUUGCUCACACAUCUGUCAAUGCUGCUAGGAGCUACAAAGGACCCUCAGUCACUGAGAAGGAUGAUCAAGCCACCGGUGCGUGACGCAGUGAGUUUCCUGCAGGAGCAUGUUCAGGAAGACUUGGCACAGCUGACGAGAAUUCUGGGGAAGAGUCUGGAUGAGACUAUCAACAUCCUUCACCUCGUGCUCAGCAGGCUCCUCCAGGACCCCCAGCAGCACCUAGACCAAUGGCCAGUGCAGUUCAAUGAUGAUGUUCUCUCUACCAAGGAUAACAGAAACAAAUGGGAAGAAAUUGUUGCACAGACAAUUAUUGUUCCUGAAUUGAAGGAUUUGGAUAAAAAACUCCUGAGGUUAAAUCGACAGAUACAAGAGGAUGAGAGAAUUUCCUCCAACCCUAUCGUGAAAAUAGUGUAUGGUGACCCAGCUGCAUUCCUGUCCCAGCUGCCAAAGGACAGUCACAUCCACCACUCCAAGAUGUGGAGCUGCAGGAAGAGGAUUUCUGUGGAGAACCUGGGCCAUGUUGUCCAGCAGAAGAAUGCCAAGGACACUGUCCCUCUCCUAUGGAAGUUCCUGCAGAAGGAAACGGAACUGAGGCUGGUGAAAUUCCUACCAGACAUUCUGGCUCUGCAGAGAGACUUGGUGAGGCAAUUCCAGAACACUGCCGAGGUCAAACGCUGCUCCAUCAGGGAAUUCCUCAGGGAACCCUUCUCAGAUGUGAUGAGGAACCAGCUGCAGAGGAGAGUGAAUGUGUUUCUGUCUGUCUGGAACAAGCUGAGAAGCUCUCUGGACACCAGUGGGGACAUUAAGCUCCCUAGAGGCUACUGUGAUGCUGACCUGACCCUGGACACCAAGCUGGAGGUGCUCCUGCCACGGCGACAGGGGCUGGGCCUCUGCUCCACAGCCCUGACCAGCUACCUCAUCAGUCUGCACAAUGACUUCGUCCACUCGGUCAACAAACACAUCAAGGAAGAUGACAGGUACCUGAUCAGCCCAUUGGAAGUGGAUGACCUACACUUGAUCAGUUAUGAACUCGAGAGAGACUUGAUUCCUCUGAUCCUGUCCAACUGCCAGUACACCAUGGAGAAGGGAGGGGAGACACUGCAGGACUUUGAUCUGGAGAGGAUCCAGCAGCAAGUCAUCAGCAAGUUCCUACAGGGGAAACCACUCAUCACACUGACGGGAAUCCCUACCUUCGUGUGCAGACAUGAUCGGAACUACGAACAGCUGAUCAGUGAUGUCCGGAGUAAGCUCUGACUUCAUGGCUUUCAGAGUGCUCUACCCAGCUCUGUGAUGAACAUAAUCAGUGGGGAGCUACAGUCCUACAGUGAUGUCUGUGAUGCUCUGUCCCUCACUGAGAUCACCCUGGGAUUCCUGGCCAUGGCUGGGGAGAAUGCUGAGAUGCUGCUGACUGACUACAUUGUGAACGUUCUGCAGAUGGGGGACCAGACAAACCCCCACGUGCUGGAGGCCCUCAGAGGUUGCCACCUCAAACACAACAUAGCCCUGUGGCAGCUCCUCUGUACCCACAAAUCGGAGCAGCUGCUGCGCCUCAGGAGGGAUCCUUUUGCAGACAUCACUAGAGAGUACAAAGCUGAGCUCAGUCCAGAGAUUGCCAAACUCCUCCACACCUUCCUCAUCCACUCGAGGCUGGAAACCUUCCUGCAGGAGCUGCAUGAAAUGAUCAUCUUGAAACUGAGACGUGUCCAAGCUGUGGAUGAAUUAAGACCCUCAUGGAGCCUGAAGGAAUCACUCCUGCCUUACCUCGAUGCCAAAGACUCUGAGUUAGCUACAGAGCUGCAGGAGACAUUCCCUGAUGAGAUUCUUCUCUCUCAUGCAACUGCUACCUGGAAAGCAGCUGCUCUCUUCAAGCGAGAGCGCAGGGACAGCUAG